ACAAUACCCCGACCAAGGAGAGCAGCUGUCUCCCCUCCUGAGCCAGCCCCCCAGAGAAGAAGCCCCCGACUAUUUUGCAGCUGACUUGAUGGGAGCUACCAUGAACUCUGAACCAGUUGACUACUACUUCCUUUCUGGAGAAGCGUCCCCACCGGUCAGUUACUCCGGCAGCCUUUUUAUCAAAACGGAACAAUGCCCAGAUCAGGAGUCCCUCUUCAACUUGAUGUCCGGAAUCCUAGGACUAUCUCCCUUCUCUGCUCUGGAAGGUCACCAGAGGCCACCAGAGACCAGCUACACCAUUCCAGAGGUCCUCCAGAACCACCUGGAUCUCUACUCUACCUGCCAGCCUGAGCUGAACAUCUCCGUGCAACCGUCUUUAGCCGAACAAGGCUAUAAUUCCUCCUUCUCGGCUCCGGAGAGCCUCCAGCAGUUCCAGGCUUCUCCUGAAGAGAGGGCCUCCGCUUCUCACUGUCUCUUUCAGGAGAAGCUUUUGGAUUCCAAGCAGGACAUCAAGCUCUCCUCCAUCUCUCCCACCGCGGAGAAGUUCAAAUCUUCCUGCUCCCAUUGGGAGCACCUCAGCCAGCCUCACCCUUAUUUGCCGGCCGAGUGUCCACCUUCAGAGGCCUUCCACCCGGUGGAGGCAAGUCAAGCCAUGUUUCCCCAGAUGGCCCCCAAGACGGAGAACGUGUUGAUGGUCAGCUGCCAGUCAGAACUCAACUCUCUCUCUGAACAAUCCGGGACUUUUGGACCUCCCUUGGAUUUUCGUUGUCAGGCCGAAGCGUUCCUAAGCCACGGUCAACUCCCCGCGGACUUUGUAGAGGCCAAGCCCCCCCCUAAACUUUCCCCGCCGUUCACCCGAGAAUUUGAAGCGCCCAUCGCCCACCCGGAAGUCCUCCCAACCUUGAUGCACCCCGACAGUCUCAACAACUCCUCGUCGGUCUCCAUGACGGACUUUUUAGCUCACCUCCCGAGUUCUUCCACCAACAGUUUGGGACUUGGCAGGACCCCCAGCAGCCUGACAGGUCCCAAGAAGAAGACACGGCGUGGGAAAUGUUCUUCUAAAUGCUUUUGUCCCAAACCCCACGAGAAGGCCUUCGUCUGCCCGGUAGAAAACUGCGUCAGGAGCUUUGCCAGAUCAGACGAGCUCAACAGACACCUCCGGAUACACACAGGCCACAAGCCCUUCCAGUGCCGCAUCUGCCUGAGGAACUUUAGUCGCAGUGACCACCUGACCACCCACAUCAGGACCCACACGGGGGAAAAGCCCUUCUCCUGUGACGACUGCGGCCGCCGCUUCGCCAGGAGCGACGAGAAGAAAAGACACAGCAAGGUCCACUUGAAGCAGAAAGCACGGGCGGAAGAGAAACUCAAGGGACUUGGGUUUUACACCAUGGGACUUUCCUUCGGGACCCUCUAAGGCCGCCGUCCCCAGGGAUUUGAGAUGGGAGACGCUGCGAUUGGGGUGGGAGUGACCAUUCUUUGAAGCACUUUUGCAGGAACGCUCAGGGGAGGAGGAACACCUGUCCACGACGGGUAGCGUGGGAAAGAAGUGAGCAUGGAUAGACCCAAGGGCAAGUCCAUCCAGCGGGUUGACUGGCGAAGGGAAGCAGAGGAGAAGGGCACUUCCAUGGAUGAACAGAUGGGAGAAAAACCGGAGGGAAGAAGGGGAAGAAAAGACUGUUGGGUUUCAAGCACCGUUCAAACACUAUAGGCGUUCAUCCAUGGUGGGCCUCCAUAGCGAUGUAUAGCCCGUUUUCCAACUGGUACAGCUUUUAAAUGUAUUUCAGCACCAUGAUGUGUGGACAGCUCCGAGACAGGGACUUCAGCUUUUCUUUGUCAAAAAUCAAAGGAGAAAAAAUGUAUUUUCAUUUU